CUUCCACAUAUACGCAAACAGAAAGGGAUUUUAUUUUGAAAAUUCCCAAUAUUCGGGGAGGUGUACGCAACCAUGAUCAAGAAGAUGACACCCUCCGAGAACGAGUUCAACAUCCCGGCUAAGAACUGUUACAGGAUGGUGAUUCUCGGUUCCACCAAAGUUGGCAAGACGGCCAUUAUUUCGCGGUUUCUUAACGAGCGCGUGGAGGAGCAGUACACGCCCACCAUCGAGGACUUUCACAGGAAGUUCUACAGCAUCAGGGGCAACGUCUAUCAACUGGACAUUUUGGACACGUCUGGAAACCACCCUUUCCCCGCCAUGAGGAGGCUCUCCAUUCUCACAGGAGAUGUGUUUAUUUUGGUGUUCAGUCUGGACAACAGAGACUCCUUCCAGGAGGUGCAGCGCCUCAAACGGCAAAUCUACGAAACCAAGUCCUGCUUGAGGAACAAGACCAAGGAGAACGCUGAGGUGCCGCUGGUCAUCUGCGGCAACAAGUGCGACCGGGACUUCCAGAGGGAGGUGCGGGAGGAGGAGAUCGAGCAGCUAGUGCGCGGCGGGGACGAGCACGGCUGCCGUUGCGCCUACGUGGAAAUCUCAGCCAAGAAGAACACCAACGUGGACCAGAUGUUCCAGACUCUCUUCGCCAUGGCGAAACUCCCGGACGAGAUGAGUCCCAACCGGCACUGCAAGGUGUCGCUGCAGUCCUGCGAGCUCCUGCACCGGAAGUCGUUCCGGGCGAAGAAGUGCAAGGACGCGUACGGCAUCGUGGCGCCGUUCGCGCGACGGCCGAGCGUCCACAGUGACUUGAUGUACAUCAAGGAGAAGGCCGUGGGAGGGGGGCAGGCUAAAGAGAAAGGCUGCAUCAUAUGCUGACCCCCCCCCCC